AUGGCAAAGCUUGUUGUUGGAUAUUGGCCACUCAGAGGCUUGGUUGAGAGGGUCCUUCUUCUGCUGGAGUACCUGGGCCUUGAGUACGAGUUGCGCCGGGUCACUGACCCAGACGGCUGGUUCAACAAACUCAAGCUCGAGGUCAUGGCUAAGAACGGUCUGGCUAACCUGCCCUACCUGCUCGAUGGCGAGAAGUACAUCUGCGAGAGCUCGGCCAUCAUGGUGCACCUGGCCCUAAAGGCGGACCGGCCCUGCCUCCUGGGCAAGACCAACGACGAGAAGGUCGAGUACACGGCCCUCAUUGGGUUUUUCAAUGACACCUACUCCGAGUACAUCAAGUUCGCUUACGGCAAGGCCGAGGAUUUUGCUGCCGCAAAGGCUGACUACAAGAAGGCCGUGGAUCUGAGGGUCGCCAAGCUGGACAAGCUGCUGGAGGGCCGCAAGUACGCAGUCGGCGAGACUUUCACCCUCGCGGACAUCCUCUUCUUCGACUUCCUGUCCCUCUAUGAGGGGCUGCUGUUCCCCGGGGAGCUGAAGGCCUUCAAGACCGUGCAGGAGUACUUCGAACGGGUGGGCUCAAUCGAGAACAUCAAGAACUACCGGGCGAGUGACAGGUUCAUGGUCGAGCCCUGCAAUGGCCCGAGUGCCCAGUUCUCGCCUCUGAAGCUGCCGUGA